AUGCCUUGGUGUGUAUUGAGGUAUUGCAGUAAUAACUCAAGGAACACUGCAAAGUGUAAAGGAAUAACUCUUCAUCGUAAUGACAAAAGAGAAAAAUGGAUUAAGUUUGUCCAAAACAACCGCUGUGAAGAGACCUGGCUACCAUCCGAUCAUAGUUAUAUAUGUUCUUUGCAUUUUCGUGAGGAUGAUAAAUAUAUAACGAAAGGGGGAAGGCAUUUUCUAAAGAAGUCUGCUGUGCCAUAUGAUGAUCAAGAAGUUUCUGCCCAUGGAGCCAUCGAGUCGAUUUCAGAACCUGUUAGUGAGUCAAAGUCAAUUUUUGAUAGCCCAAGAAAAAUAAUUCUGAAACGGCAAAUACGCAACUUAACGUCGGCUAAAAAAAGAAUAACAGACAAAUUUACAGUAUUACGUAAAUUUGCAUUAACGCUUCAUUACUACUCGCCAGCUGCAUACAAAUAUGUGAGAGAUAUAUAUGGAAAUAUGUUACCACACACAAGAACUCUCAGUCGCUGGUAUGGAACGAUUGAUGGUGAGCCUGGAUUUACAAAUGCAUCGUUUGAAGCUCUGAAGAAAAAAAACACUAAAAGUCAGCAACCUCUGAUAUGUAAUCUAGUAUUCGACGAGAUGGCUAUUCGAAGGCAAAUGCUUUUUCACAAACACCGGAAGCUGGGUGCUGUGAAUUUUGGUGCUGGUCCUCAAGUAGGUGAUGAAGAUGAUCAAGUCGCAUCACAGGCAUUAGUAUUUAUGUUAGUAUCGCUGACUGAAAAUUGGAAACUUCCUGUCGGCUAUUUUUUGAUAUCAGGUAUAACUGCGGAAACAAAAGCUAAUUUAAUUACUACUUGCUUACAUAAAUGUCAUGAUGCUGGAGUUACAGUCGUAAGCAUGACAUUUGAUGGAUGCCCUGCGAAUUUGUCGGCUGCAGAAAUUUUAGGGUGUAAACUGACUAACCCAAAUAGUUUUGUGACCCAUUUUCCACACCCGUCCACUCAGGAUAAAGUGUGCAUAUUUCUUGAUCCAUGUCACGUUAUCAAAUUAAUAAGGAACUCUUUCGAAAAUAAGAGAUUGUUAUUUGACCAAAAUGGCAAAAAAAUAAAGUGGCAGUUAUUGAUAAACCUUAAUAAACUGCAAAUGAAAGAUGGUCUUAGGUUUGCCAACAAACUUACACCACGACAUGUCUACUUCCGUAACCAAAUUAUGAAAGUCCGCCUGGCCACUCAACUCUUAAGUAAAAGUGUAGCCAAGGCAUUGCAGCUAUGUGAUGAGGAAUUAAAGUAUUCACAAUUUGCAGAUUCUUCGGCAACAAUACUAUUUUUAGAAACGUUCAAUGAUUUUUUUGACACAAUGAAUUCAAGAAAGUGUUACUUUUAUGGGUUUAAGCGACCAAUCGAUGCCAUAAAUAACUCUGAAGUAUUUAGUUUUCUAACCAAAAUAAAAAAGUACAUAUUAAAUUUGGAAUUUCACAUCAAAUGUAGAAGAAUUGUAAAAAGAAAAGAUUUAGACCCACGUAUUACACUGUCUAUUUCGAAAAAGAAAAUUGUUGACUCAGCUAAUAAAACGGGAUUUAUAGGACCAUUAAUUUGCACAGAAUCUCUAAAAACGCUGUAUCAACAUGUUGUAGAGGAAAAGAAAUACAUGACAUAUAUUUCUACAUACCGCCUUAGCCAAGAUCAUAUUGAACUUUUCUUUGGGGUCAUAAGAAAGCAUGGCGAGUACAACAAUAACCCCAAUGUAUUACAAUUUCGAGCUGCUUACAAAAAAACACUGAACCAUUUAGAACUUCGUUCAUCAUUCACGGGUAAUUGUAUUCCAUUAGAUAAUAUGAACAUUCUAUGCAAUUCUUCAACAGAUGUUAUUAAUAGUACUACACCCUUAAACAGACACGAUAAUGAAGAAUACGAAGUAUUGACAGCCACAAGUUGUUUAGAAUCUGAUAUAGAAGCUGAGCACAACUGUAACAUUUUUUCCGACACUCUCAGCUCCCAACAAAUUCCAUUCGGUUCUCAGUUGAUAGUCGGCGCUGCAGCGAACUAA